AGUUUCCGCAAUCAAUGCAGUGCGCGAUAUGACGGACGGUCGCAAAGAGGCGCCGGUCGUUCUUGUCGAGGCGGACGAUGAAGAAGAGGAGAAAAAGUCUCCUCGUCAUCUGAAACCUCUUCAUAAACGACUAGCUGAAGAAGAGCAAAUGAUUGACUCACUAGUCACUUCAACUCGUUUAUUAGGAUUACCAAUUCUUGGCGCAGGAGGAAGACGAUUAUCAGCGCCAGGUAGGAUAAGCGCUAUUUCACCAACGAGAUUGCGGCGAAAUAGUGAUAGCUCAGAAGAGAGUGAAGGUGAAACGACAACAGAACGGAAAGCCAGACGAGCAGCAAGACGUUCAUUAGAAGUUCGGCCUACAGCAGUUGUUAGCCCUCGGAGAACUUUGGGACCACUUCUCGAAGCAGAGAAUGCUGAAACUGGGUUUAGAAAAAGAGCUCUCUCUCUUCCUUUACCUGAAUUAGCUCUUUAUGAAAGAGGCGAAGCAGUCGGAGCUAUCGCUGGCAAUCCCCCUCCCCAUAUGGAGGAGAGUAGGCCGAUUACUCCUCGCCGUCGGCGAGGUAUGUCGAUACAAGAAGACCGAGGAUUAGAAGCUAUUAUGGAAGAAACUAGCCAAUCGCGCAGGUAUUCAACGCCCUCGCGUUCGUGCGCUACGAAUUCCUAA